AUGCGAAUGAAAUUCAGGAAAAGGAUUCGUGGUACAUGCAAUGAUAUUAUGAAGAGUUCAAACACAACUUGUGUUAACGAGUUCUCUUCCCACGACGGUGAUAGAAGUAGUGUUCGGUCGUCAGACGAUGGAGCUAGUAGUUCCCCACAUGGUGGGGAUGACAGAGAGCGAACUAAGUUAAUUGCCAAAAAAAACGAAAUAAUGGAACGAUUGAAACAUAUUAAUUUAGAUCAACAAGGGAAUGUGGAGGAAUUCCUCACUCUCACAAAUAAAACCGAAGCUCAACGAGGUGUAGACAAUCCACAAAUGACAAGAAUAAGACAACAGUUUGAGAAGAAAAACAAAAAAUAUUUUCAAGACUCGGAAUAUUUGAAAAAAAAGUUGAGUAGAUUCGAAUCUCGCAUUGCAGCGAUCGACAACGGGUUGAACGAGAGCAACGGCAAGAUUAAUCCCAUGGCUAGUGUUGGCCAAGGAAUGAGAAGAACUGGAGCUCAUAUCAAAGGAAUGACAGAAAGUGUAGUCUCGGCUCCGAUCGAGUUCGCACAUCGGUUGAAAAGUACUUUUGGCUCUGCUGAUAACGUAAAUGAAGUCCCCGGUUAG